UUGGUCGUGGUCUCGCCUUCACAUCCAGCGCUCUGCCGAUCAGACUGCAGUUGUAGCCUAUUUGUGGGAAGUUGCUGGCUGUUCUCUCGCCACCCCACUGACGGCUGGACAGAGGAAUUAUGAGCAGAGUUGACCCAGCCUCUAACACCCUGCCUUGAAUCAUUCUGUGUUUCCCCACCGAAACGAACCGAACCGAGCAUGGAGACUGGACUCAGCAUCCUUCUGACUUUCCUCCUCCAGCAGAUUUCCCAUGAAGGAGGCCAAGCAGAUGGAGGCCAUGAUGGCUGUGUACCUGGCUUCCAGGUCAAAAACUACCAGUUGGUGUACAGUGGACCUUUCCAGAAAGGCCAGCCACUUUUACAAGUUGAGUUUGAUGACUGUGCAGGGAAUGAGGAUGUGACGUUUGAAGUGUCAGAUCCCAGCUUCCUCGUGGAUGGAGAUCUGAACCUUGUUCCACACCAAAACGUGAAGUUCUGCGGGCCAGCGUUGUUGGUCCAUGGGUUUGGCGCACAUGCAGAUGACGUGGCACAGGUGGAUGUCUCAGGACUUCCUGUUCAGUCAGAGAACACGCUCAGGGAUAUCCUGGGUCUGGGCCCUAAGCUACCUUAUAGAUCGAAGAGGUCCCUCCUUGUCCCUCCUAUGAUUGUGACUGAAAACCAGAGAGCUCCUUUUCCCAGGAUCAUUGGCAAGUCUCAUGUAAUUUCACCAGAGAAGCCAGUGAACCAUAUCUUCCGACUGAUAGGACCCGGUGCUGACCACGAUCCCAAAGGUCUCUUCACCAUUGACAUAGACACAGGAGAUGUGUCAGUCAGCCGCUCAUUGGACCGAGAGGCCAUUGACUCCUACCAGCUGGAGGUUUCUACCACAGACUUUGCUGGGAAUGUCAUUGAGGGACCUGCCAUACUUGUGAUCACUGUCAUUGACCAAAAUGACAACCGGCCCAUCUUCAAAGAAUCACGUUACACAGGAGAGGUGCUCGAGGGAUCCCCUACAGGAACCACGGUGAUGACAAUGACGGCGUUUGAUGCAGACGACCCCAGCACAGAUAACGCUGCGUUACGCUACAACAUCAUCAGACAGUCGCCAGAUAAACCUUCACCCAACAUGUUCUACAUCGAUGCAGAGAGAGGCGACAUCGUUACCGUCAUUUCUCCAACAUUGCUUGACAGAGAGACUCUCCCAACUACAACAUAUGAAUUAGAGAUUGUGGCCAAGGACAUGGCAGGAAGUGAGGUGGGCCUAACAGGAACAGCAACGGCUACCAUCACCAUCACAGACAAGAACGACCAUGCCCCAGAGUUCACACAUCCUCUGUUUGAGGCUCGUGUGCAUGAGGGCUCGAGGGGUGUUGUGGUCAACCUGACAGUGGACGACAGAGAUGACCCAGCCACGGGGGCAUGGAGAGCUAUGUACUCGAUAAUAAGUGGAGAUCCUACACAGAGAUUUGAGAUCCAAACAAAUCCUGACAACAAUGAAGGAAUGCUGUCGGUGGUCAAGCCACUAGACUAUGAGACCACUGCGUUCCACACACUUCUAAUCAGAGUGGAGAACGAGGAUCCUUUGGUUCCUGAAGUUGGCUAUGGUCCCAGCUCCACAGCAACCGUCCAUGUCACAGUUGAGGACAUCAAUGAGGGACCUGUUUUUUUCCCAGACCCCUUAAUAGUCACCAGGAUGGAAAAUAUCCCUGUGGGCAGCUUUGUGGCUUCACUCAAUGCGACAGACCCAGACAUACUGGAGAUACAGAGCAUCAGAUAUGCUGUACUUAGUGACCCAGCUGGUUGGCUGAGUGUGAACCCCGUCAGAGGAACUGUCAACACCUCAGCCUCACUGGACCGAGAGUCUCCUCAUGUCCAAGCAAAUAAAUACACAGCUCUCUUCAUCGCCACAGAUAAUGGUGCCCCUCCAGCCACAGGAACGGGUACGCUGAUCAUUCAUCUGGAAGACUACAAUGACAAUGCUCCGUUUGUGGUGCCGUCAGUAGCACAGGUGUGUGAAGAUGCCCAUGAUAUAAAUGUAGCCAUCGUUGGAGGUUGGGACAAGGACCUGCCACCAAAUACGGCACCAUUUAAGAUAGAACUGGGGAAACAACCGGGCCUCGAUAAAACAUGGAAGGUCACCAGACUCAACUCCACACACUCCCAGAUCUUGCUUCUGCACAGUCUGAAGAAAGCCAAUUACCAGCUCCCAUUGCUCAUCACUGACUCAGGAGUGCCCCCUUUGUCCAACAGCACAGAGGUCAAAGUUCAGGUGUGCAUCUGUACAAAGACCAAGAGAUACUGCAGCUCCGCCCACUCCCACCGCACUAGCCUUGUGCUGCUUGCAACACUCCUGCUUGUCCUACUCUGCCUGUAGGUUCUGCUGAAACCUCUUGUAGUCCUUUUCACAACACUGAAAAGCAACGACUUAUCUCCCCCACAUGACCCAGGCUUAGGAGAGAAGAAGCAGCAAGAAGAAAUCUUCUCAGCACGACAAGUCAAACAAGCAAAUGUAGAAUAUUCUCAGUGGCACAACUGCUGUGUAUCACCAAUGGGUUUUUUGUUUUGGUAAAAUAACUUCUUGCUUAUCCUGUUUCCCCUCUUUAAUUCCUGUUCUCCCUCUUUCCUUUUCUUGCUGUGUCUGCCCCUCUCCUGCCCUCUCUUGUGUUUGGUUAUUUUUUCCAACUCUGACUCUUCUCUCUCACUCUUGCUCUUCAUUCAUCAUUGAUUAUUCAAUUUUGUUUUCAAGUUGUCACUGUAUUGCAUUGGCACAUCUGUGUUGCAGUGAUAUAGUGGGUGUUAGCAGUGUUCGUGGCUUCAUGCCACUUCUGUAAGCGAGACUUGAAAGAACAUAAAUAAUGAUUUUGUGAGAGAAAAAAGAAAUUUAACUCCUAACGAACAAUAAACCUCCAGUUGUUUCCCUCAUUGACACCUAUGGGUCCUCCUGUCUUGCCCACUUCAACCUUCAUGGCUACCUCUUUUACCUGCCCCCCUCCCCCUUUCAUGAAGAUUGCCUGACUAUUCAUAAGCGUCUCCUUACCUGUGUGUCCAUUGACCUGCGUGUCCAUUGCUGGGCCAGCGAACACUGCAACAGCUUGGCUGCUGUCCUGGUCGGUGAAGAACGGUGACUUUUGACAUUUUUUUUUUUCUCGUUACAGAUCGUGUUUGAUCUUUUCCUGUCUCUAAGCAGGAAGAACAAAAGCCUGGUUUUUUUUUUGUCUGUAGUGGUUGUGGUCUUUUUAGGUCAAGGUUGUAGCCAUAAGCCUUCAAAGUAAGAGACUCUGGAGUUCUUCAUUCGCUUCUGUUCUUUUUGCAUUAGUUGUCAUGGAGUGAAAAACUGUAAAUUUUUACAGUAAUGGUAUAAACCUUAAAAAAUACUAUAUAUAAAUAUGUUUAUUUUUCACCAUUGUAUAAAUAUACAGUAUUGAUUAAUUUAUGUAGUUUGAUUGCAAGUUCUUUGGUCAUUCUCACAGUAAGUACAUUUAAAAAAGAGGAACCCAUUUUUUCUGUGAAUUUAGAAACUGUUUCUAAAGCUAUUGUUGUGUUCACUAUUUUAUUGUAACAUCUUUUGUUGUUUUUACUGUUUUCCUUUUUAAUGUGUGAUUAACUGCACAAUCAGGAGUGAUGUUUCGUUGACUGCAGCUGUAUUUAGGUUUGGUUUGGAUCGCCUGUCAUUUCUGCCUUUCCUGUUCUCUGUCCAUCUCUCGUUACAAGUCAAAAAAAGUCGUGUUUAAAGAAGAAAACAACGACUUUGGUUUUGGUGGAUAGUUUUGCUCUUUAUCCUUCGCGUUCAUGGAGAAACUUAGUGUGUGUGGGUUCGUCUGGAAGACCAACUUAAACAAAAGAGGACAUUUUGAAGGAGUUCUGUCUGUCUUUUGCACUAAUUUAAUAAAGCUGUUACUGAAAGAUCCCACAA